UUUUCUAUUUCCUAAUCUCACAAGGUUUUGUGUUUUUUUUUCGGUUGCUUGAAUAAUUGUACUACGUUUCCUUCUUACGUAAGCAUUCUAAAGCAGCUACCACAUGUUGCAGUUUGUGAAAUGGCAAAGGGAUUGCCUUGAAGUAGCUGAGCAUAAAACCCGGUGGAUACAAUGUGGCUUCAUUUGACUUUAUUACUUGGAUUAUUAAGAGAAUUGCAAACUGUUACUAGGGAAUACAACAUUGCUGCUGUGGAAUUCGACUGGGACUAUCACCACAGUGAACUUCUGGACCGAGUCUCUUCACGAAGGCAAAACUUUCAGCGUUCCCAAGAAGAAAUCCAAAAGUACACCAAAGCAGUAUACUGGGAAUACACAGACUCGACAUUCACCAGACCAAAGUCCAAACCUUCAUGGAUGGGUAUUUUAGGUCCUACUAUAAAAGCUGAAGUCAACGAUAAGGUGAUAGUUAACUUCAAGAACUUUGCUUCUCGUCCCUACAGUGUGAAUCCGAUUGGUAUUACAUACUGGAAGCAAUCAGAAGGUGCUGGCUAUAAUGACGAAACAUCCAAGUCAGAGAAAGGGGAUGACGAAGUUGCACCAGGGGAUAUGUACACUUACACCUGGGAGAUUCAGCCUGAAACUGGGCCUAUGCUAAGUGAUCCUCAGUGUCUCACGUACUCCUAUUCCUCACAUGUGAAUCCUGUUAAAGAUUUCAAUUCAGGGCUAAUUGGAGCACUUCUUAUCUGUAAACCAGGGACCCUAAAAUCGAAAGAUAUUCAACCUGCACAGGAUAUUGUUCUGCUCUUCUCAGUAUUUGAUGAAUCUCAGACAUGGUAUGCCAAUUCAGACCAGCCGACACAUACAAAGCAACUCCAUUGCAUCAAUGGAUAUGUCAAUUCAACAUUACCAGACCUGAAAGUGUGCCUCAAGUCAAAAGAUCAAUGGCAUCUCAUUGGAAUGGGAACUGGCCCGGAGAUUCACUCUGUUCAUUUUCAAGACCACACACUGCUUGUGCAGAAUCACAGGAGGAUUUCCUUUGACAUGACACCAGUGACAUUUGCCUCUGCACAGCUCAAUGCUCUUAAACCAGGAAAGUUCCUAGUAUCGUGCCAGUUACAUCAGAAUGCCGGCAUGGUUGCAUAUUUUAUUGUUGAAGCAUGCGCUGUUGAAAUGUCAAACAGAAAAGUCAACCAAGAUCACGAAGAUGAAGAAUAUUACUAUAAUUACGAGGAUAUUUUGGAAGGCCUGCAGGAAAUUCAGAGCCCACUGCAAGUCCGUUCAUCUGUAAAACUUCAGUCAAAAAUAUGGGUGCACUUCAUUGCUGUGGAGGAGAUCACCUGGGACUAUGCUCCUGACCUUUACAAUUUAAAAGACAGGAAACUUGCAUCUCUUUAUUUAGAGAAAAAUUCAAAAAGAAUUGGAAAGCAGUACAAAAAAGCUGUGUAUUCAGAAUAUACAGAUGGCAAAUUCACAACUCGCAUCCAGAAACAAGAGAAGGAUAAAGGGAUCAUGGGCCCGGUAUUGCGUGGAGAAGUUGGAGAUGAAAUAAGAAUUGUCUUCAAGAACCUGGCUAGUCGUCCAUAUAAUAUCUAUCCACAAGGUCUAACAUCUGUCCGUCCAUUUGUAGACAGUGGUCCAGCUAAAGGAAAGAACCUAAAAUUCUUUGCAAUUAAACCCAAUGAGUCAUUUAUUUACUCCUGGAAUAUAACAUCUGAGGAUGGGCCUACAUCUGCUGAUCCUCGCUGUCUGACCCGAAUCUAUUCCAGCACUAUUGAUCCAAUCAAGGAUGUUGCCUCCGGUCUCAUUGGCCCCUUAAUAAUAUGCUACAAAAAGACUCUUGAUACACGUGGGAAAGUGAUAAAGUCUGACAAAGAAAAACACUUGUUAUUUGCAGUUUUUGAUGAAAAUCAAAGCUGGUAUAUCAAUGAAAAUAUUCAACAAUACUGCACAGAUUGCUCUAAUGCUGAUCGCACAAGCAUUGAGUUUUACAAGUCAAACCUGAUGAACAGCAUUAAUGGCUACUUGUAUGACAACCUCCAUUUCAAAGUGUGCUUGGGAGAUAUUGCCUUUUGGCAUGUUAUGUACAUAGGAGCCCAAAAUGAGUUUUUCUCUGUGUACUUUUCCGGAAACACAUUUCAACUGGAUAACAUGUACGAGGUGGUCCUUACUCUUUUCCCCAUGUCAGCUGAAACAGUGUAUAUGGAGUUUGAAAAAAUGGGUGAGUGGAUAAUUGGUGCUUUAGACUCCAACAUCAGAGACAGAGGCAUGAGAGCUAAAUACACUGUUUACAAUUGUGACCGAGAAGACAAGAAUAUGAUAACAAACCCUGAAGAAGAUGACUAUUAUGAAGUAUUAGAUUAUAUUGAGCAACGGUGGUCUCCACGUGGUUUUAAUGAAAAAAACAGAAUAGCUGUGAUUAAACUAUGCAAGAAAAUGUCUACCUUUAACGCCACAUCUGGCCCUCAAAAUGGCACAGCUAAAGCACUUAAUCCAAACUGUAAAAUAAAAAGUACUCAAAUUAUUGAAGACAAAAUUAGCAAGGCAGUUAAAUCACUAGAAGAACCCACUGAUGAUGGGACUGUGUCAAGCAACCUUAUGAGUCCCACAGAUAUAAAAGAAGACCUCCAGUCUUCAAGCAUGAAAAGUCAAACUGCAUUGUUUUCACAGGAGGAGAGUGCCACAGUUGGAGAAAAAUUAAAUAAGCCUGGUACGACAGAAGUCCCAGAUAUUACCAUGAUUCCAACUAUUCCGAUAUCUCGUAGCUUACACUCAGGCGCCAAUGGGAUUGCUGGUAUCCCAAACCACACAAUUUCUGGUGAAACUUAUGAACACAAAGUAGAAGAAAACAGAGAAAUGCGCUAUCAGAGAAGCGUGGACUCUCAAGAGAAAAGGAGAAAUAUUAACAGUGGUAAUAUGACUUUAAAUCUCCCACAAAACAUUGCAAAUUCUGAAAAGAAAUACAAAAAUGGGUCUUUGAAGUCAGAAAAAAAUAUAUCUGAGAGAAUGACAACUGUAAUACCUCCAGCAAGAACCCAUAACAAGCGAACAGAAAACAAAAUUCUUCCGCAAACUAACAAAUUAAAGACAAAUGAUGCUAAAUUCAAAACACCCACAGAAAAGGGAAGGUUACUUAACAUAAAUACAUUUUUAAAUGAAACAAACAAAUCUGACAAAAAGUUUAAUGUAAGUGAAAGAAACAAAGAAAGAAGCACACACCAUCCUCAAAUGGAAUUAUCAAAAAUAAAUGAAAAUAUUUCAAAUAGUGAAAAUAUAAACUUACAAAAUUCAUUCAUCAAAGAACACCCUAAACCAGAUAAAUCAAUGUUUGAUUCUGGGGGAGAAGUAAAAGGAAAUGACAGAAUAAACAAAAACAACUUGCAUGAAGAAGGAAGUGACGUUAAAUCGACUCAGAUUUUUAAACGGGAGAAUCAAAAAGAGCAUAACAGUCAACACGAAAAUCAGGUGCUUAAAGACCUUGGAACUAAGGAACUGCUGAAUUUAAACCAGACAAAUGAAAUUAAUAAAUCAACCGUUAAAACAAUAAAAAGUGAAAAAGAAGUCAAACAAAAUGUCACCGAUUCAAAAAAAACAGAACAGAAAACUGAAGAAGUUCAAGUGAACUCAUCAGCAAUAAACCAAUUACCUGGGAAAAACCCUGACGCGUCAUAUUAUGAUGAAUAUAGUCUUGGGGAGAACGACACCCAGGAAGAUUUUGACAUCUAUGAUGAAGGAGGAUUCAAUGUACGAACUAAUGAGGGAAGAAUACGCUAUUACUUUAUUGCAGCCGUGGAAGUGAUGUGGAACUUUGGCAUUAAGAAAACCCCACAAGAAACUCAAUCGCGAAGUAAAAAAAAUGAAUGGCAGAAGUCUUUCCCUGAGUAUAAAAAAGUAAUUUUCAGAGAGUAUCUUGAUAGUGAAUUUACAAAUAUGGCUAUUCGAGGUGAGAUGGAAGAACACCUGGGAAUCCUUGGGCCAGUUAUAAGGGCUGAAAUUAACGAUUUUAUUGUAGUUAUAUUCAGGAAUCUUGCAUCCAGGCCAUACUCCUUCCACCUUCAUGGAGUAUAUGACAAAGUCCAAAACAGUCAUAUAUAUGAGGCAAGUAAAGAAGCUUCAGAAGCUGUGCAGCCAAAUGAGACCCAGAAGUACAGCUGGAAAGUCACAAAGCGGGAAGGCCCCACUAACAAGGAAUUUGACUGCAAGACGUGGGCUUAUUAUUCCAAUCUAAACACAGAGAAGGAUAUUCAUUCUGGUCUUAUUGGGCCCCUGCUGAUUUGUAAACCUGGCACCUUAAGUACAGUUUUUGGUCGUCAGCUAUCAAUUCAAGAGUACUCACUCUUCUUCAUGGUAUUUGAUGAAAACAAGAGCUGGUACAUGGAUGAGAAUAUUUCAAGAAACUGUCCAAAACAAUGUCAGAUUAAGAGAAAUGAUGAGAUUUACAAAACCAACAACAUGUUUCCAGCAAUCAAUGGCUAUACAGCAGAGACACUGCCAGGUCUACUAGCUGCUCACCAUGAAGUUACACGCUGGCAUUUACUAAGUAUGGGCAACUUCAAAGAAGCACAUGCAGUACACUUCCAUGGACAGACAUUCACAUUUCGAAGAAAUGAUCAAGAACACCGGACCAGCGUCUACAACUUAUAUCCCGGAACUUUUGGAACAAUUGAAAUGACAGCCUCAAAGGUGGGCUCUUGGUUGAUAGAAUGCAGAACUGGAAAUCAUCAGCUCACAGGGAUGCGUGCUAAAUUUUUAAUCUACAAUCCAAAAUGCACAGAACCACUUGGAAUGAUGUCAGGAGUAAUACAGGAUGAACAAAUUACAUCUUCUGGCCACUAUGGUGACUGGCAACCUAAACUGGCAAGGUUAGACUUUUCCGGGUCAAUCAAUGCUUGGUCGGGAUUGGAUACCAAGUCUUGGAUACAGGUUGAUCUACUGAGACCAAUGCUAAUUCAUGGAAUUAAAACACAAGGUGCAAAACAAUUCUUCUCUGACUAUUAUAUAGCUCAAUUCCUCAUUUCAUACAGUUCUGAUAAUGAAAAAUGGAAAAGAUACAAAGGGAAUGUGACAAACACAGAAAAGAUAUUUGGAGGGAAUGUUGAUGGUUCAGCCAUAAAGGGAAAUGUAUUCUCCCCUCCAAUAGUUGCUCGUUAUAUCAAAAUUCAUCCUUUGUCUUUCAACAAACGCCCUACCCUUCGAAUGGAACUGAUUGGCUGUGACUUAAACAGCUGCUCUUUGCCAUUAGGAAUGGAGCGAGGUCUUAUCCAAGACAAUCAGAUUAGUGCAUCUUCAUUUUUCAAGAACUGGGUUUCUUCCUGGACACCCUCUUUAGCACGCCUCAAUUUACAAGGAAGAAUAAACGCUUGGAGACCAAAAGUAAACAAUCCUCAUGAGUGGUUCCAAGUUGAUUUUAUGGAAGUCAAAAGAAUAACUGGCAUUAUUACUCAAGGAGCAAAGGAGAUUUUCACCUAUAUGUUUAUAAAGGAGUUUUCCAUUUCCGUGAGUAAUGAUGGGGUAAUUUGGUCAGAUGUUCAAGAAGAUGAUGGUUCCAAAAAGAAGGUAUUCCAAGGAAACCAAAAUACUAAUGAGAGCAAUCUGAAUAUAUUUGAUCCACCAUUAUUCAGCAGAUAUAUAAGGAUCUAUCCCACGAGCUGGAACAGUGGCAUCGCCCUGCGUGUUGAAUUUCUUGGUUGUGACACUCAACAAUAAUAACAUAACAGCACAGACUGUAGUUUCUGUGUAAAGGUUAUCUCCCCAUUAUUUGUUAAAUCAUUUCUAUCAUUACUAUAAGAAACUAUUCCCAAAGGAAAAAAAUCAAUGUGAGUACAUUCUGCAGUAGAGUAUGGUAACUCGGAGCAAACAUAGCGUGUUUGCAAUUUUUUUUUUUAUAUUUGAGGUAGCAAGACUAUUAAACAAAGAAUGCUAAAAUAUGUUUAGCAAAUAUAUUUUUAUAUUUUAUUAAAUGUACUUCCAAAUAUAUCAUUUCUGUGUUCAUGUCGGCAACAUACUUUACAAUGAAAAUGUUUAGAAAAAAAUACAAUGUGCACUGAUACAUUUUUGCAGUAGCUUAAGAAGUGAUGAUUAUAUCGCCAAAUCAGGAAGCUGGAUACUGUACUGUAAAAGUGGCCCGUUAAUUUUCAGAUUUGUUUUACAACAAAUACUUGUGUACUUUUCAAUAUAUUUUGCAGUUCUGUUUCUCUGUUUCCUAAAUGAUUUACUGUAUUCAAUAAACACAUUCAAGAGUA